AUGUCACCUGUUACCCGCGUCACCCUCUUUAAAGUUGCCUCUGAGAAGGACCAACAGCACCUCGUCGAGCUUUACAAACAGAUGCCUCAAAAGGCUGUCAAGGAUGGAAAACCUUACAUUUCUUCCGUCCAAGCCGGAAAGGCCAACCCCGACCAACGCGCCCAAGGGUUCACAGUUGUUGCCAUUUCCACGUUCGCCUCUCAGGAAGACUUCAACUACUACGACACUGAAUGCCAGGCUCAUUUGGAACUAAGAACCUUUGCCAAGGGAGUUAAUCAAGGAUUUGCCAUGAUUUACUUUGAGAAUGAAGUAGUCUAG